UAUACUUUCAGCGUGCAUACCAUGACAUGUUUUCGUUUACCUGUUCGACUCGCAAAAAUAUUGAUGAAUUCGGUGAAAGUUUUUACUGCUACAUUGUGAACCUAAAACGAGUGAUAAAUUAAACAUAGAGCCGUAUUAUAGAAGACGAGUAAAGUCAACAUGACCAUGUAUUUCAAAUGAAACAAGUUGCUCGUCGAUGCUUUUGUUAUCACGUAAAAAUCGAAAAGCUGUUUUGUUCCGGGUUUGUGAAUUAUUUGAGAGAAAUGGAGCAAUUUAGCGUAGCGAAGGUGGAAGAAGCCACUUCAAUAAAGCUAGAAGAACUCAUAAUUUUCGACGUUCUGACUACGAAAGAAGAGACUUCGUUCGCCAGCAGGAUGGACAUCACCGAUAAAGUUGAGACUAGCACAGCUUGUGAUGAAAUUGUAGUUGCCAGAUCCAGCAACUCAAACGGCUCUGAAAUUUAUAAUACCGUUGUUAGUAAUCAUCCGGAGAAAAGGCACAUUUGUGAAUUCUGCAACAAGGAAUUGACCACAAACUACAGCUUGGUGGCCCAUAGAAGAAUUCAUACUGGGGAACGACCUUUUGCGUGUGAUACCUGCAGCGAAACAUUCAAAUCAGCUCACAAUCUGCGAUACCAUAAAAAAACUCACGCGAGGGAGCUUAACUUCAAGUGUGACAUAUGUGAGCAACGGUUUCCGCUGAAAUCACGUCUUGCGUCACACAAGAAAACGCAUAGCUCAGAUUACCCUCAUAAGUGCUUAAUUUGUGAUCAAAGAUAUCCAUAUAGUUGGCGUCUUACAGAACAUAUGCGCACUCACAGCAAUGAGCGACCCUACAAAUGUGACAUCUGUAACAAAUCGUACAAGAGAUAUAAAGCUAGAAAGCUUCAUAUCUGCAAAUUAUAUGAUCCAAGUAAGCCGAUAAAGCGCAAAACAAUUAUAGUUGAUCAACCACCGAAAAAGCACAUUUGUGAAAUCUGCAACAAAGAAGUGGGUACAAAAUACAGGUUGGAAGAUCAUAGAAGAAUACAUACCGGGGAACGACCUUUUGCCUGUGAUAUCUGCAGCACCACAUUCCACACAGCUGUACGUUUGCAGUACCAUAAGCGCGCUCAUAAAGAAGACCAGAAUUUUGAGUGUGACAUAUGCAAGCGUCGUUUCUCUGAAAAAUCAAAUUUAACGAUCCACAUGAAUAUACAUCGCACAGAUUGUCCUCACAAAUGUUUGAUUUGCGAUAAAAAAUUUUCCUCUAGUUGUCAUCUCGAACAACAUUUGCGCCAUCACAGCAACGAACGAUUCUUCAAAUGCGAAAUCUGUGACGCUUCAUACAAGAGAUUUAUUAGUCUAGAACGUCAUAUGAAGAUCCACAAGGUCGAUCCCACCCCAGGCACCACAGAAGGUUUGGAGCCAAACCAGACCAAUAACAGUCAGCGCAAUGGAUCCGCGAAAUACACGUGCGACAUAUGCGGUAAACAGUACAAAGCUUUGAGACCACUGCAGUUUCAUCUGAAGCUUCAUCAGAGCACCACUGUGAGAACUGAACACAAAAAGCAGUACGAGUGUACAAUUUGUGGAAAAGGAAAUCCGUCUAAAGCUAUGCUCACAAGGCAUAUGAUUAGUCACAGUAAUGUACGGGCUUUCCAUUGCGAUAUUUGCGGUUCAUCAUUUAAGCAUUCUGAAUAUUUAAAACGCCAUAAGGAAAAACAUAUCACCGAGAGACCGUAAAAAAUGCGACACAUCGUGCAUUACGGGUGAACAUGAAAAGGCAAAAAACCAUUAGGAGGCGAUGUUAUUCCAGACUGUUUCGUUAGUUGCAAAUUAUUAGAGUGAAACAUGCAACAGAUGAAAUUUUCGAUAGAACCAAAAUGCCACGAUUUACGCAAAGAAGUAUGUAGGAAUUACAAUGCUAUGAAAUGGUGAAGUAAACUUUGGUUUAGUUGAAAAUGCUACUCCAAGCAGUCUACAAUCAACGAGAUAAAGCUAAUCGCCAUCAGGUGAGUAUCUCCGGCAACUCAGAGGAAAUGGGUCGAAAAUAAUGAGUAGCAGGUGAAUCGCGCAAAUAUUUAACCGCCAAACAAAGAACAUAAUUUGAAUAAUGUGUUGAAGCUAAAUUUCCUAUAGCAAGAUUAAAGGAAAACGUUCGAUUAAAGAGGGGAAAUCGUGAAAGUUAGACUGCUCGAUCAGGUUUGCAGCUUCCAGCCAUACAACCUGAAGUAAUAAUCUCGCCCGUUAGAGUUAGCCCGUUCAACAGAGCAUUGCGACAUACAUUUUCAACAGGUAGGAAAAGGGCAGCGUUUGUUGAUUGGUAAAAGGGGAAGAAAGGAAACUGCAAACGUCGAAGAAGAGGCCCCGAAUACGGAAAUAGUAGAUAGAAGAUAAUGAAUAAAGAAGUGGGAGAGCCGACGUAAAUAUAGUUGUUUUAAAUAAAUUCAAGUGUUCGAUCAACCAACGCGACCCUGAGGCGGUGUAGAGGAGAGUCUCAGCAUUGCUGUCCCUACCGGCCCGCUAGACACAAACCAACGCAAUGCGUCCCUAGCACCCGUAGUGUUGAAUAAGGC